AUGUUUGGUAUGCCACAACAAGAAGUCUCUGAAGAAGAGAAGAAACAACACCAAGAACAAACUAAUCUGACCGUUAGAAAUGCUGUGAUCGCUUCAGCUGUAUUAUGGAUUUCUCCUAUCGUUUGGAAUUUCGUUAAGAAGCAAUGGAAAUGA